UAUGCACAAGAUCUCAGUUCGUCAAGUAUGAGCUUAAUAGCUUUGAUUAAUAGCUGACAACCUCUGCAGUAUAGAAUCCGCAGAUUGAAUAAAAAUAAUAAAGCAGUUCAAAAUAACAUGGAUCAGGCUAAACAAUUGGUGCUGGCUCUGAAACAAAAUAACAAAUCGCACGUUGGAUAUGGCUUGCAGCAAGAAAGUGAAGCUCUUAUUGAUCACAUUCUCCAAAAUAUGGUGAAAUCAAGCCUUCCGCGUUUCAAGCCUAAAAUGAAAAAUUCGAAAGAUUCUCUGAAGUAUCGCGAAGAAGGUAAUCAACGAUUUGUAUCUGGUGAAGAUAUUGAAGCUAUUGAAAGCUAUACUAAGAGCUUAGCCUACGCAGAUCGCCCCGAGCUAAUGGCUUAUGCCUAUGCAAAUCGCUCCGCAGCCUUGUACAGAAAACAAUUCUACGAAGAGUGUGUAAUAGAUAUUAACGCUGCAUUGUCUUUGGAAUACCCAGAAAGUAAAAGAAAGAAAUUACAAGAAAGAGGCGAAAAUGCCAUGUCAGCAUUAAAAAGACGAACGAGCAAUCCAAAUGGAAAAUUGACGUUUGGUAUGAACAGUCUCGAAAAUAAUCAAAUCCCGAAAACCGAACCUAAAGAGAAGUGUGCAUCUGACAGCAGUGUGGAGAAUGAUGUAUGCGAAAAAUUUACAUUAAUCCGAGACAUGGGAAUUGGGGCAGCCGCUACAGAACGAUCCUCCACUGAAAGUAAUCACACAGGUGACGUAAAAAAUUUCGCCAAAAACAGUCUGGAUUGCAAAACGUCAAGAGACAUGGAAAUACCCGAAUAUCUUGCGAAUGAAGGCCCACCGCAACUUGCAUAUGGUCCAAGUAAAGAGGCUCCAUCAGCUAGUGACGGAGUACAAAUUACAUAUUCUGAAAAAUUCGGAAGACACUUGAUUGCCACUAAAGCUUUCAAGCCAGGGGAUGUUAUUGCAGCAGAAGAACCAUUUGCUUCGGUUAUAUACGCAGAAAGGUACUAUACGCAUUGUCAUCAUUGCCUCUCUAAAUGCUACAAUUUGAUUGCUUGCCCGAACUGUCCAAUGGCGUUGUAUUGUUCGAAUCACUGUCAACAACUGGCUUGGGCUGCCGCACAUCAAAUCGAAUGUCGGAUCAUAUCUCUUCUGCCGAAUUUACUCAACGUUGACAAAGAUAAAAUACGAAUGUUGACAAAAAUCAUGCGAUUACUGAUCGUUGUUACGCAAAAUGGUAUGCGGAUUGACGAGCUGAGGAAGGACACGGAAGUAGCAGAAUCCAAUUCAGAUAGCAGGACAGCUGGUUUCACAGACGAUGGAAAGUUGGAUAGCUUCAAUAGCCGGUCGGCACUCAGUCUUGCGACGAACAUGACAACAAGGCCGUUAAUUGGAAUAAGCGCAUUUGCUUGCAUUUCUUCUUUGGCAGUCUUGUUACUUGCUGUGGAAACUAAUUUUUUCAAAAAAAAAUUCACACUUGCAGAAUUAAAAGACAUUUCGAUGUAUCCAGACAUCCCAUUCUGCGGUGCAAUUAUGCUAAGGGCCUGUGUUAUCAUGUCUUCAAAUUGCUUCUCGAUUCAACAAGACCCAGGGAUCAAAUCUGGCUCAGGUCUUUAUGUGCUUCACAGCCUACAGAAUCAUUCUUGCGCACCAAAUACAUUCAGGCACUUCGAGGGCUUGACUAUGAUAACUAGAGCAUUAGAUCCUAUUGCCGUUGGUGAACAAAUUUUCACUUGCUACGGCACUGCUCACGGCCAGAUGUCACGGGAUGAGAGAAAAAAAAAGAUCAUGGAAGAGUACUUUUUCGACUGUGAAUGUCCAGCCUGUUACAAUGAUUGGCCAACAUACAAAGAAAUUUUAGGGAAUCACAUUGGAUCGAUAUCCAAAAACAAAGAUUUGGUUCAAAAACUGAAGCCGUUCAAGAAGAAGCUAUUGGAGAAUAAGUACGACAUUCAUGCAGUGAAGAGUCUUAUAGAAAUAUUACAUGAAGAAACAACAAAGCCGUGCGAAGAAAUGAUCCAUGCAAUGCAGUUUUUGAAAAGCUACUAUUUAGGUGUAGAUUUAACUGCUGCCUGGUACGAGGAGUGAAGAAACGUAGAGCCAUCAGGGACUAUACCUCAUAUUUGCCAAUGUAUUUAUUCCUUGAUACAUUAUGUUAGUAUAACAAUGUACUUAAGUAAUAAAAUCCCAGAUGAAAAUCGGAUAGCAAAUUAUCAAGAUUGAAUAUACCGCACCUAUUUAAUCAAUAUUAUAACUUACAUGACGUAUUUAAUCCCUAUCUUAAAAGAUAUAUGGUAACCGACGUCCCUAUUUCAAUGUCUGCAUUUACUAGAACUGUGUUUAUACUGAUUUUAAAGUUAACGUUCAUCUAACGACAAUUACUUUUUUGUAUUUAAAUGACUUAUUCUAGUGAGCAAUGAGUUUUUUAUAUCUAGA